CGUCUCUCCAGGCAUGACCACCGCUGCGAUUCUCCUAUUCGCCGCGCCCUGUGCGGCGCUCGUCACUCCGGGCACGGUCGGUACUGCGAUCCGCCCGCCUCCGAACCGCGAGGAGAUGCUCGCGCAGGCUGCGGCCGCUGUGGGCCGCGCCCGUGCCGAUGGCGUCAACCGCCACACGCUGCGCCUCUUCCUGCCGCGCGGCGAUGGGCUGAGUCCGCCCGACGAAUCGUGGGAGGGCGGCAUUAUGCAGCUCUUCGCGGCCUGCUCACCACUCACCCGCGACCUGCUGCGCCGCCUCUCCACGGAGGUGGCCGGCGUGCCUCCGUCGCUCAACGAGCAGCGGCUGGACGUGUCGGGCGUCGACGGCGAGAGCGUCUGGUUCGCGCAGUCCUCGCAGCCGGAGGACGACUGCGUUGGCCUCGUCCAGCCGACGCCGGACCGGCUCGCCACGAUCCGCAAGCUUUGCAGCGAGUGCGGUGCGCGGCCGCUGCUCAUGGUCAACCCGCAGUGGCGCGAGGGCGACGACCCCUUUGACGCGCUCUCUCGCAAGGGCGGUCUGCUCGGCGCGCUGGGCAACGCGCUCGGCGGCAAGGCGGCGCUGCAAAAGGAGCUGUCCGCGCUCGGCUUUGUGGACGUGUACACGCUGAGUGAGUACGUCUGCCGCGGCUCGCGCAUCUGCCUGCAGCUCAGCUACCCGCUCGGCUGGACGGCACUUCCUAGACACUUCCUAGACACUUCCUAGACUGCCUGCAGCUCAGCUACCCGCUCAGCUGGACGGCGCGCCGCUUAGACGACCCGAGCUCGCCCGAGCUCGCCCGAGCUCGCCCGAGAUCACCCGAGAUUG